AUUGUUCCCUUUGUAUCCGCAAGUCUUUGUCCUACAAAACCCAGUGUCCAACAUGCUGCGUGGCAGUCUCAGAAUCUGACCUGAAAAACAACCGGAUUUUAGACGAUCUAGUGAAGAGCUUUAACUCUGCAAGGCAGCAGCUGUUGCGGUUGGUGUUGGAAGCGCCCCCGGUUCCGUCUCCCCCAGCCCACAGCCUCCAGAGUCCUGGUUCUCAGCCAGGGGCUGGGGAGGCGCCAGCCAUUGACAGCUCCUUGAGCAAGGACAAAGUCUGCACCUCCACGAAGGCAGGGGGCCUGCCAUGGACUGGUCACAAGAGUUGCAAAACUGAGGAGCACCAUGACCUACACAGCGCUUCUGCAGAGCUUGGUGGUAAAGACAGCAAAGUGAUUGCACAGGAGAUUCCUGGCUGCACCCAAAGUCAUGAAAAGCCUUCUACAUCUGUGCUCAAAGGAGACAAGAAAGUGGAAUGUCCUGUUUGUGAGGUUGCUAUUCUGGAGCAAUAUAUUAACAAGCAUCUGGACAGCUGCUUGACCAGAGGGGAGAAGAAGGACAGCCUGCGAAGUUCUGACCACAAAAGGAAGCUGAUGUCCAAAGUUGUUUAUAACCUGCUGUCGGAUCGGGACCUGAGGAAGAAGCUCAAGGAGCACGGUCUGUCCACCUCGGGGACCCGCCAGCAGCUCAUCAAGAGGCACCAGGAGUUCGUGCACAUGUACAACGCCCAGUGUGAUUCCAUGAACCCCAAAUCUGUUGCAGAGGUUGUUAAAGAGCUGGAAAAGAAUGAGAAGAUUCGGGUUCAGCUAGAGUGUAAUAAACCUGGUGAAAAUAGCUUGACCUUCACAAAGGACCAGACAGAGGAAGAAAUAGAUGAGAUCCACACUGAAUAUCGAAACAAACACAGAAGUGAAUUCAAGUUCUUGGUGGAUCAAGUAAAUAAACGGUGGAAGAAAAUGGGUGAGAGGAAAGCAGAAAGUGCUCAAAACAAAGAGGAGGUUGCUGUCAAAGAGCUGCCAGCAGCUGCAGAACCUGGGGAAGAGGAUCCCACAGCUGGAAAAGCCCAAGCACUCCAAUCAGAAAUUCCUGAUGGCCAAAGGAAUGAAUCUCCUGGCUCGAGGCAAUGGCAGAGAUCAUCCUCUCCUGAGUUCUCGCUGUCCUCUGGCUCAACAUGCAGCACCAAUUCGGACAUUCUGGCAGAUACAGAAGGGUCUGAGACGUGUUCAGCAUCCUCUGACAGCAGCUCCGUGGCUCUGGCAGGGAGCAGGAGGAAGCUGCGGCGGCCGCGCGCCCGCGAGGAUGAGGACGGCGGGGCGCUGCCCCCGGGCAAGAGGAAGAGGAGCUAGUGCUGCAGGCAUGCCCAGCUCAGCCGGGAGCCCCUCCUGGCUGCUCCCGCUCUCUGAGUGUCUGGGUGCUCAGUAAAACGCUGUAUUUUCACAUCGCUGCCGUUCCAGCUGCCUUCAUCGCCAGGCUGGGGCCGUGCCCGCCGCCCUGGGGGCCAUUGGUGAGCUUGGGCACAGAGUCCAGAGCCUGCAGGAGCCUGCCCUGGCUCCUGUGCCCGAGUUCUCCCUGGUGCAGCACCUGGGCUGUGUGCUGCCUCUGUCCUGCUUGCAUCCUGGGCCAGGUGCCCUCCUAGGAGCAGCUGCAGGACGGUGUUGGUUUGGGGCUGGGCAGGCACUGGUGCCCCAGUUCCUGGCACAGGGAAUGCAGGGAGAUUCUGCCCUACACAAACAGGCUUUUUUAUAUAUGUCUUUGUAAACUUACUCAGUAUUAUGUGUCAUUAUUUCAGUUUGAAGUCCUGAAACUGGGAAGAAAUCAGAAGGUUGUUAACAUGAGGUAUUUUAGCUUUCAAGCAAAUAGUUACAUUGAAAAGUGAGAUCUUCCUUAGGAGGUGGUGGGAUUUUGUGGUGCAAGAAAAUGAAGGAAAUGCAAGAAACCUGAACACCAGGGAAGGCUUUGGAGAAUAAAGCUUGUAAGCAAAAUAUGAAAAUAGUUCAGGUGCUUUUGCUGAGCCCUGAAGAUUUGGUCAGUGGGAGCUCGGCAAAGAAGGCACAAAGUGUGGGUAAGAUUGAGAGUCAUUGUGUCUUGACUUCAGAGUGAAGCUGGGAUUCAGAAAUAAUCCUCCUCAAGCCUUGGUUCCCAGGAAUAUUUGUGUUUGGAACAGGCUAAAUCAUGGCAGAUAUAAACUAUCCUAAGUGCACGAGGUGGAGUGAUGCAGAGGCAAAACAGAAAUCUGGUUGUGUUGAUUUGGUUCUUUUUUUACUAAACCAAUCCUUUUGAAAGACAAUUAUUGAUGUCUGCUUUAGGGCUGCCUUUUUGUCACAGCAGCUCACCUCAGGCAUUGGAAUUGGUUGCAGUUGGCUGGUGAAUGGCAAUUGUACUGUAAAUUAGUAUCAUAAAGGGCUUUGUGCAGGCGUGUGCAGAGCAGCUGCUGCUGGGGAGGAGGGCCCUGGAGUGGGACACGGUGCCUGCUGUGGCUGCAGCACUGACAUUCCCACUGGGAACGGGCUGAGGAGCCACUGCCACGGGAGCUGUGGCAAUUCCAGGGGCAGGAGAGGGGAGGGAGCAGCUGACACAUUAAAUAUGGGCACCUGUGAACAU